AUGUUACAUCGUAUUCGAUUUGAAGUUAAAUAUGAUAAUCUUUAUAAAUCUCCAAUGAGUUAUGGUACUACAAUAUGGUCACCAUUAGCAUCAGGCCUUUUAACUGAAAAAUAUAAUAGUAAACAAUUGGAAGGUGGUGAUAACCGUUUAGGUCUUAAAGGUAAUUUAUCAUGGGCUUCGACAACAAUUCGAAUCUGGUCAAGAUCGUAA